AUGAAGCCGGACCCUUUGCAGACGCUACAAGCGUCCUCCUACUCCGCGCGCUCCACCAGCAGCCAGCAGCAGACAGUCCCAAUCGAAGAUGACACCACAGCGCCUCCGCCUCCGUAUGUCGAGAGCCGGCACGAGGAUGGCCGCUCGGCACAGGCCGCAAGGGCCCUAGCUGCAUCCCCGAGCGCGGGAGGGAGCAGGGCAAAUGCUCCCCGAAGCAGUCAUCCCGACUGGACGCCCAUCGAGCUCCAGGACAGAAUGUCUGCAGAGCCUGCCAGACGAACGAUGAGCUCGAGUACAUCAUCGGGCUACACAGCCCAGGACCCCAUGAUGAUGAAGGCGAGGGGACAGCCCACCAAGGACUACAGCGGAGAACCGGGGUGCUGCUUCUCAGACACGGGCGGUUGUUGCUUCUCCUCGACUGGCGGAUGCUGCUUCUCCUCGCAGGAGGCGUGCUGCUUCUCCACCACCAAGGGAUGCUGCUUCUCUUCGAGCGAGGGGUGCUGUUUCUCCGACAAUGGGGCGUGCUGUUGCAACAAGACGGGCGAUGCGGAGGCCGACCGAGAGUGGGAAAGGCGACUUGCGAAGAACAACCGAUGCAAUUCUCGCAGGUGA